AUGUCAUUUGUCUUUUCUUUCUUUCUUUCUUUCUUUCUUUCUUAUAAUCUUGCUUCUUUUAGUUUUAUUUCAUUCCGUUUCUUUCUUUUUUUAUCUACACGGAUUAUGUCAUUUGUCUUUUCUUUCUUUCUUUCUUUCUUUCUUUCUUUCUUUCUUUUAAUCUUGCUUCUUUUAGUUUUAUUUCAUUCCGUUUCUUUCUUUUUUUAUCUACACGGAUUAUGUCAUUUGUCUUUUCUUUCUUUGUUUGUUUGUUUCUUUCUUAUUUCGUUCCGUUUUCUUUUUUUUCCUUCAUUCAUUUUCAUUUAUUUCUUUUAUCUUUCUUUCUUUCUUUCUUUCUUUCUUUCUUUCUUUCUUUCUUUUCUUUUAAACGACAAUAAACGAACAGGGUUUUCUUUCUUUUUUCUUUCUUCCCCUCUUUCUUUUGCCUUUUCUCUCUUACUUUUUCCUUUCUUUUUUUCUCUUUUUCACUCUUUCUUUCUCUCUUUCUUUUUUUCUUUCUCUCUUUAUUUUGCUCUUUCUGUCUUUCUUUUUUACAUUUUUCAUUCAGUUUUUCUUUCUUUCUCUCUUUUUACGCUCUUUCUCGCUUUCAUUUCUUAUUUUCUUUCUUUCUUCUACAAUUUUUCAUUCGGGUUUUCGCUCUUUUUUCUUUCUCUCUUCCUUUCGCUCUUUCUCUCUUUCUGUCUCUUUAUUUCUUUCUUUCGCUGUUUCUCUCUUUCUUUUUCUUUUUUUCUUUCUUUCUCUUUUCCUUUCAACGUAACUUUCUUUUCGUUCUUCUAUUCGUUUUUUCUAUCUCCUUUUUUCCUUUUUCUUUCUUUCUUUCUUUCUCUUUGCUCUUUCCUUCUUUCUUUCUUUCUUUCUUUGUCUCUUUUUCACUGUUUCUCGCUUUCUAUAUUUCUUUUUCUUUCUUUCUUUUACCCUUUUAGAUUCAGUUUUUCGCUCUUCCUCUUUUUCUUCUUUUUUUUCUUUUUUCUUUUUCACUUCCUUUCGCUCUUUCACUCCUUCUUUCUUUCUUUUUUCUUUCUUAUUUUCCUCUUUUUUCUUUCUUUUUUUCUCCUUCCUUUCUUUCUCUCCUUCUUUCCCUCUCUCUCUUUCUUUCUUUCUUUCUUUUUUCGCUCUUUCUUUAGCUCUUUCCUUUUUAUUUCUUUUUGCUCUUUCUCUUUCUUUUUUUUCUUUCUUUCUUUUUCAUUCAUUCAUUCUUUCUUUCUUUCUUUCUUUCUUUAUGCUGUUUUCUAUUAUUGUUUAUUUACCCUCCUCCUUCCUAUUUCUCUCCUUCAAUCCAUCGGUCCAUUUAAAUGUGCCAUAAUAGUAAUUUCUAUUAGAAAAUUCAAUUCUAUCUUUGUCAAUAAAUCCACGCUCUCCGCAACCACCUCCCGCUCCCGGCCCCAACAGACCGUUACCAAUUUGAAACAGAGACACGUACGGUGCCAAAUUUUCACCUUCGCCCAUCCGUGUGCUACGAAAAGAACCGACUAA